AUGUCGAUGACAAGGAGAGCGCCGAAGAAGAAAGAUGAUAUAUUCAGCAAGAAAGUUCCCGAAAAUCCCAAAUAUAAACACAUUAAACGCAUUGUGGACACAGGUUCUAGCAUCACAAAACAUAUGGAAAAAUGGGAAGAAAUAAAGAAAAGUAUGGGAAUGAAUUUCAAAUCCGACAUUUCUGCUAUCUGCUACAUUUUAUUUUUCUUCCUUCGUCGACGCAUUUUAGAUUACAAGUACAAGAAAGAUGAAAUCUUCAAACGAAUGAAAGUCAAUACGUUUGCACAAUUGGUGCUUCAAGUUGCUGAUGUAAUUUACAUGGAAAAUGAGAGAGAUGAUCUUUCGACUUGUGGAGGGAAGUUGAAUAAAAAUCAAGAUGAUAGCGAGACGGUUGCUGAUGAGGAAAAAAUGAAUAACAAUGUACCACCUCUGAACUUACCUCCUGACGAGACAGCAAGACAGAAAAGUUGUAGCGGUAUGGAUACUGGACGUUCGACAUUGCAAGACUUGAUUCGUGGUGUAGGUGAAGUAGAUCUAAAAGAUCAAGAGGAACAAAAUCAUGAUAAUCACGUGGAUCAACUCACGUCUCGCUCGACCCAGUCCACUAUUUUGGCUCCUGACGUCAAAUCUUUACCGUAUUUGUUGUUGGAUGUGCGGAAAUCGGACGAAUUUGAACAAUGUCAUAUAAUUGGAGGUGAAAAUGAGUUUAACCUAGAUAAGAGAUCAUUAACAAUGUCAAGCAACGAAUGGCAUUUUUACAUGUUUGUAGAUGUAGAUCGUCCAGUUUAG